CACCACUCUGUUAUUUGCGAGACACUUAACUGAAGACACGUUUCUAGAUUUCAUAAAAAUGAGGAAUACAACAAAAGUGCCGGCUUCGCCAAUUUAUUUUAAUUUAGCCGAAUAUUGCUUAUUUGGUAUUAAUUUGGGUGUUUUUAUAGGAAUUAUAAUGUAUUAUAAUGUUGUUAAUAGAAAGUAUAAUACUGUGAACGGUUUUCUGUUUGGUGGUAAAAACAUGUCAGUGAUUUCGAUUUCAUUAGCUCUCAUUGCAAGUCACCUAACAAGUAUAACUUUGCUCGGAGUGCCGGUAGAGAUUUACCUCAGAGGGACACAAUAUUGGGCGUCGGCACUCUCCUUGGUAGUCGUAACGUUUUUGACCGCCGUCAUUUACUUACCGGUAUUUCACAAGCUUCAACUAUCGUCAAGCUUCGAAUAUUUGGAAAUAAGAUUUUCUUCUCAUACCAGAACGGUGGCUGCUGUAUUGUUUGUCAUCAGUAAGUUAAUGCUUCUCCCGAUUGUGCCAUAUGUCCCAUUAUUGGCUUUCAGACUGGUAACUAAUCAGCUGGCUGGGCGUAUAACAGCAGUCAUUUGUGUAGCUUGUGCCACCUUGAGUGCUAUAGGAGGAUUACGAGCUAUAGUCAGCAUAGGUAUAGUGACGUCAUUUCUGGCCGUGGCUGGCUCUGCACUACCAAGUGGUCUGGCAUUACUGCCAAUGGGAUUUAAAAGGAUGUGGGAAAUUGCCAGUCAUGGUGGACGACUCGUUUUGUAUGAUCCAGAUCCAGAACUAGAACACCAUACAUCAUUUUUUGUAGUCACAAUAGCCCUAAGCACAAAUUGGCUUUGGAAGAUUGCUUUGAGCCAGUCGUCCCUUCAGAAACUGUUAGCUGUAUCCUCUAUAAGGAAAGCGAGGAUAUGUCUCGCUGUAUCAUGUAUUGGAGUGAUAUUGAUGAAACUGCUAUCAUGCUUCCUUGGUUUGGCGUUAUAUGCAUGGUUUGCUGGUUGCGAUCCUUUGUUAUCAGGAGCAAUAAAAAAACAUGAACAAUUGGUGCCACAGUUUUUGAACAGUUUAUCAGUUAUGUUUCCUGGUAUUUGUGGCAUUUUUAUUAUAUCAAUAUUUAGUGCAACAACUGGGUGUCUUGCGUCGAUUAUCAAUUCGAUCUCAGGAGUGUUAUUUGAAGAAUUCAUCAGACCAUGGAUGCCCCAGAGUACAAAUGAACUUACAUGUUGUAGGAUAAUGAAGCUUCUUUGUUUGUUUGUGGGAGGAUACUGCGGGUGCGUAGUCUGGUUUGCCAAGGAAUUGGAUCGUCUGCAGCAUGUGGCAUCAGGAGUAACAGGAGUCACUGCUGGUACUCUGCUAGGGCUGUUCACUCUUGGCAUUGUUUUCUCUAGAGCGAACUGUUCAGGUGCAUUGAGUGGGUGCGUGCUAAGCCUCUUGCUUUGCGGUUGGCUCCUUAUUGGGGCAGAGAAUGCUUUGGCUACGGGGGCAUUGACCUUCCAGGGGAAGCCGCUGGCGAUUUCUGGAUGUGGCAAAGACAACUUUACCUAUCUGAUGGAAAACGUGAACAUUGGUAAAGGGGUUACCACGCAUCUACCAACAAAGCCGCUGCAAUCCCUAUUCAGAAUCUCAUUCACUUACUGUCCAUUGGUCGGCGCUAUGACUGUCCUCCUCAUCGGCGUGCCCAUGAGUUACCUCACCGGAAAAUCCAGGUCUGACUCCAUGAAUCCCGACGUCUUCUGUCCCCUCACUCAGAGCAUCAUCAACAAAUCCCCAAUGAGAAGCAGCACAGAAUCUUUGGAAAUUGGACCGCCAGACACGCAAGAAGUUUAUAUGGCACUGGACGAAGCUUUGAGACAUCUGAAAGAGGUUAUUGAGCGAUAAAUAUAUUGUAUGUUACUAUUUUUA